CAUUGAUAUAUCUUUCAUCGCAACCACAUGCUGAUAACCAAUGUAAGAUACUUCGUGCACUUGAGAAACAUGUGCACCUUUGGGUUGCCUUUAUAUACAUCAUUAUCCAGGAGCCCUUUAAUUUUAUUUUUUUUUCAUUUUGUCUGUUAAAAUUUCUUUUUUUUUCCCCAAGUUGUAGUAACUCAGGAGUGGAGGAGUAUUUGGUCUAAUAGUGCUACAAACUUUGUUUAUUUAUUUAAUUGUUUUUUUAAUAAUCUAUAUCUCAAAAAAAAAAAUAGUACAAAAAAGAAAGGUUGGAAACAUGGCAAAGGAGAUAAAGUAAAACUCCAAAAGACUGUCCAAUAAAAACCCUAGUUUCCUCUUCCAAUUUCCUCCAUCCCCCAUUCCUUUGUACAUUUUAAUCGAAAUUACACCCACAAUCCCAAACUCUAUGAGCGGUUCCUAUCUUAAUCUCCCCAACAUCUCUCCAUUCGUAUGCAUUUCUGUGGCAGCUAGCUAGCUAAGCAUUUUAUGUAGUGGUAUUAUUAGUGUUUAUUUGGUUUUGAAAAUCUUUUGAGAAAAAUAAAAGGUGGAUCGAAGGCAUGGAAAACGGCCGCUUCCACCCGAAGCAUCAGAGGAGAAAAGCAAAGGACGCGAUGACUUUGCAGCAGCUGCAACUUCUUGGCCUGAAUCCGCGGAUAUGAAAGCCAUGGUUACAGCUCUUACUCAAGUCAUGGGAAGCGACGAGCAGCAUAGUUUCCAACAAUCAUCGGCUCCCUCAUCUGUACAAUCUGCGGUGAAACAAGACCCUGAACCUCCUCAACCAGCGGUUCAAGAUCAAGUAAAUACAAGGAGAAGACAUUACAGAGGAGUGAGGCAAAGGCCAUGGGGCAAAUGGGCAGCCGAAAUUCGUGACCCAAAAAAAGCAGCCCGAGUGUGGCUUGGCACUUUUGAUACAGCUGAAGAUGCGGCCCUUGCAUAUGAUAGAGCUGCGCUCAAGUUCAGAGGCACCAAGGCAAAACUAAAUUUCCCUGAUCGAGUUCAAGGGAAUACGGAGGUAAGCUCUUUAACGGGUCCUGGAGAUUCAAGCACGGUCCGUUCUGAACAAAAUCCGACUCCAGUAUUUGCCCCUUCAUCAUGGUCUCAGGAUUCAUAUCCCCACUUGUUUCAAUAUGCACAACUACUUUCAAGUAGUAAUGAUGCUGAUAUCUCCUAUUACACUUCAAAUCUCUUCAAUCAAGAACCUUUAUCUCCUCAAUUUCCUUCAAUGUCAGCAUCAUCCACCAUCCCAUCACAGCACUACCACCAAGACCUGACAAGAUUUUCAACCAAGUAUGGGAGCUCUUCUGGUUCUGAUUAUCCGGACCAAUCUGGCAAGGACUGUGAUCCAAGUAACAGAAGCGAGUAGAGAAUAGUAGCCUUUCAAGUUCUAUAUCAAGAGGUCAAUGAAAAUUCUACUAUGUGGUACCACUUGAUUAGCCAGGAAAAAGGAUAAUGCCGCAAGCACUCCCCUUUCUCACUUCCAAGCCCCUCGCUUCCACACCUUUUAUGCUCUUACUUUCCCAUACAUGAUUCCAAUAGGUGGCAAUGUUUGCAAAAGAAAGAAUCAUAUACGGUACUGUAAUUCAGAAGUAAGAAUAAUGAGUCGCAAGUGCAUAAUUCAUCUUCCUUGAGCACAUUAAUUUUCAAGUUUUGUGAUUUUUUUUUUUUUUUUUGCUUCUAUUGUUGUUUUACUAAACUUGAGGCCUAUAUAUUAAGUUUGAUCAGAAGAAGCAACUAGGGAAAGGUCAGCUUCCAAGUAGUUUUUGGCGAAUGGGAACUCUUGCCUACCAUACUCCUUAUAGCCUCCUAGUUUCACACUCAUAUGUAAAUAUAUUCUCUCAUCUUUUCCUUGUUUUUCUGGUUUUCCACCUUAAAUGGGAAGAUUGGAUGAACAAUUGAGCAUAUGUUAGCUGAUCUUUUGAUGUAAGCUAGCUAGAGAUGAGUUUGCUUUUAUUAAUUAAUAAUGUCAUUGUCAAUUAUUUCUAAUUAAUCAGUUCUAUACAGAUAUCCUGAUUCGUAUGAAAAUUAUAUGGUAAUGACAAUGUAAGUUGUGAAUUAAUGUACUUCGCAGUAUUGGAGGUCUGCCUUGUAUCACUAUUUUGAUUUGAUAAAUCAUGCGAUUAUCUAUAUUUAACAGUACACCUUUUC